AUGGCUAAUACUUCUUAUCGUCUUCGUUGUCAAUUGUACGGACAUGAAUCCGAUGUACGUUCAGUAUCAACAAUAACUGAAUACGAUGGUAUUAUCAGUGGAUCAAGAGAUAAAACAGCACGAAUUUGGCGUCCAAGUGCAACAGAUAAAACUUCAUUUGAACAACGUGCUGUUCUAUCAAAUCAUACAAAUUAUAUUAUUUCUACAUGUUAUAUACCAUCAUGUGAUCAAUUUCCUGAUGGUCUUAUUGCAACAGGAAGCAAUGAUAAAAAAAUCUGUGUUUAUUCAGCUAAACAAGGCACAUAUUUAUUUUCAUUAGAAGGACAUGAACAAGCCGUUUCAUGUUUAUCAUAUAUACCACAAAGUGAUCUGUUAUUAAGUGGAUCAUGGGAUACCACUGGACGUGUAUGGUCUUUAUCUACAAAACAAUGUACACAUACUAUUAAAGGUCAUAGUAAAGCAGUAUGGGCUAUUCUUUCUAUGAAUGAUGUAAAAAAUAAUUUCAAGAUUAUUUUAACUGGUGGUGCUGAUAAUUUAAUUUUUGCUUGGAAAAAUGAAACUAAGAUUCAAACAUAUGAAGGUCAUACAAAUUGUGUUCGAUCAUUAGUAGCAUUAAAUGCAAAUGAAUUUUUAUCAAGUUCAAAUGAUAAUUUCAUUAAACGAUGGAAUAUUAAUUCUGCACAAUGUUUACAAACAUAUAAAGGUCAUACAAAUUUUGUCUAUAGUAUAACGAUGAUAUCUUCGGAUCAAUUUGCAUCUGUAAGUGAAGAUCGUUCAUUAUGUAUAUGGUCAAUUAAUGAAAAGGAAUCAAUACAAACGAUUCGACUUCCAUCAGGUACUGUUUGGAGUGUUUGUUCAUUAACAAAUCAUGAUGUUGCUGUUGGAUGCAGUGAUGGACGUAUAUGUAUUUUUUCAAAAGAUCAAACACGUAUGGCAACAAUGGAAGAAAUAGCUGGAUUUGAACAAGAAAUAGCUUCAACAACUAUUCAAACAAAAACAGGUGAUUUAGGUGAAGUUAAAAUUGAUGAUUUACCAACUGAAGAUGCUUUGAAAAAACCUGGAACACGUGAAGGUCAAACAACUAUGAUUAAUAAAGGUGGUGGACAAGUUGAAGCAUAUCAAUGGAAUAUGCUUGAUCAACGUUGGAUGAAAAUAGGUGAUGUUGUCGGUUCAGCUGAUAGUACAUCACAAGGACAAGCAUCAGCAACUGGUGAUAAGAUUCUUUUCGAAGGAAAAUACUAUGAUUAUGUAUUUAAUGUUGAACUUGAUGAGGGUGUACCACUUAAACUUCCAUAUAAUAUAAGUGAUGAUCCAUGGUUUGCUGCACAAGCAUUUAUUCAUCGAAAUGAAUUAAGUCAAAUGUUUCUUGAUCAAAUAGCACAAUUUAUUAUAACAAAUACAAAAGGAAUGGUUAUUGAUCAAAGAGCAGCAGAUUUUACGGAUCCAUUUACUGGUGGUGGGCGUUAUGUUCCUGGUAGUUCACCAAUGGAUACUGGUGAACACCGAUCUAAUUAUGACCCAUUUACAGGUGCUGGACGUUAUGUUCCUAAUUCAAAUUCAUCAACAGGUCGACAGACAACAAAUGUAACUCAAGAUCCAUUUACUGGCAGUGGACGUUAUGUUCCAAAUGGUGAUAAUAAUCAACCACCAAAACUAUUAUCUGCUUCACAAUCAACUGUUAUAAAAACAGAGAAAGAUGCUGAACUUUCAGCAACAUUUCCUCAAAAUCAUUAUAUUGUUAUGGGAAAUGCUGAUACAGUUAAAAUAUUUGGUAAACUUAAAGAAUUUAAUGAAAGUGCAGCCGGUGAUGGUCUUCGUUUAUCUGACAUACAAUUACAAGAAAUAAAUGAUUUAGUUAAUGGAAAUACAACUUAUCUUGAAACAAAAAUGAAUCUUCUAUUUCAAAUACUUAAAUGGCCUACAGAUAAAGUAUUUCCUAUAUUAGAUAUAAUACGUUUAAUUGUUCUUAAUGCAGAUGUAUGCAAAUAUAUAUUUGAAAAUGAUAUUCGAUCUAAUGAAUUUAUUGCUCAACUUUUACAAUAUCUUCAACCAGAUCAAUCAGCUAAUAUCAUGUUAAUAUUUCGUACAUUAACAAAUUUAUUUUCAAAUGAUUUAGGUGAAAAAUUUCUAAUUAAAAAUAGCAAUUCAAUAUUAGCUAAAACACUUAUAUAUUUACCAUUAACAAAAAAAAAUACUCAAAUAGCUUUGACAAAUGUUAUUUUAAAUUAUUGUAUUUAUGCUUAUCGUAGUAAUGAUCAACGUCUUUCGAAUUAUUUAUAUGAAUGUUAUAAAGAAUUUGUUGAUAUACAAUUCGAAUCGGAUGGUGCAAAACGUCUUAUACUUGGUUUAGGAACAUUAUUUUGUACCAAUGCUGAAAUUGUUCUUAAUGUACAAACAACAACUGAUAAUAGUGCAAAACGAUUUUUUACUGCACUAGAAAAAUCAGCAGCGCAAUUAAAUUCGGAUACACUUGAAUGCUUUGAACGAUGUCGUGCACUUGUUAAAAAUUUGUGA